AUGAUCCAACGUACUUCGAGGCAGCAAAGCGCCAAGGCUGAAUAUCUUGUGAACAAGGCAACUAGAUACCGGGUGAACGCAACUCAUUCAGCUAUAUCCCAUCGAGACUCACCCCCAGAGCUUUGGGGCGACUUUGUCUUUAUGGUUCCUCCUUUUCUAGCAUAUUAUGGGGUGAUUGACCAGAAUAUGAAAUUUUUAGAAGAGGUUGUGCGACAAUGUCAGCUCUACAGCGAAAUACUCGGUACCAAUAUUUCGCUCGAAGAUGGGCAACUUUGUCAGGGGCUUUGGCGCCAUAUCGUCUCGGACCCCGCUGAGUUGACGCCAGGGACCUGCUGUUCCGAUCCUGACGUCUGGUUGACCAGCAAUGCAUGGGCGAUAGCAGGUAUCACGCGGGUAUUGGCGAUCAUUCUGAACUGGCAGAGGCCUGACGGCAGUCCCCUCCGUCAGUCCGAACAUACAUCAUUUGUGGAUCGGAGCAGAAGUAUUCUCAUCAAAAUUGUGAUGUCCAUGCUCAACUGUACCAUGAAACAACCUCCAGACCAGAAGUCGGGUCUCCUCGAGAACUAUCUUGAUGGACCAUCGCAUCCGUCUGCGGAAUACGCAUACGGGGAUACGGCGGGAACAGCAUUGAUGAUUUCAGCAGUGUAUCGACUGGCCGUGCUCUUGCCAGUUAACCAGACAAGUGAAGGUCAAAGCAUGCAAGAGAGGAGGAUUCUGGCUGGCAAGGCUCUUGUCAAAUCGACUGGUCCCAAGUAG